UAUGGCGGACAAAAGUGCUCAUUUUUUGUCAACUAUUCACACAAUUUAACCUUGUGAAUAAUAUCUAUUCGAAUAGUUUUUGUAACUUCUUUUACUCUAAUAAUGGAGGGCACUGAUAAAGCAUCUCAUAGGAGGAGACGAAAACGCAAAUGGAAGCCGGUGAGCUUGGAUUCAGUUGAUUUUUUCCAAGGUGAUAUGGAGGGAUUUGUUUCACUUGAGGUUUUGGAAGGCGACGAAUUAGAGAAUGAUGUUGGCGGAAAAGUUAUGAAACACGAUGACGGAAAUUUGGAAUGUAUGAUAGCGAAGUCAAAACCAAGUAAGAAAAAGAGCAAAAAGAAGAAGAAAACAAAACAAGCAGAAAUUAUUGAAAAGAGAGAAGAUGUUGUGAAUGUUGAGACAGAGAAUUUGGAUGAAGAUAUAGGUGUGGAAGUUGAAAGCGAAUGGACAUAUCUUGGUACUCAUAUCCAGAUUGGGAAGCGUUUACUUGACUUGGGUUUCCAAGAACCAACAAUGAUUCAAAGAAAAGCCAUACCACCAGCAAUCCAGAGUAGAAUGGACAUCAUUGGUGCGGCGGAAACUGGUUCGGGUAAGACGUUAGCCUACGGAAUCCCGGUGUUGCAAAGGAUAUUGGAAGCAAAACUAAGGCAAAAGGGUUCGGACAUUAAAGAAAAUGAUCAAGGAGUGCGGGCGCUUAUCCUAGCUCCCACACGUGAACUAGCAUUGCAGGUGCACAAGAAUCUUCAGGAUGUUGCAAAAACUUUGUCAAUCAAGGUUGCGUGCAUAGUUGGCGGAAUGUCUGAAGAGAAGCAGCAACGAGUACUCAGGGGGACACCUGAGGUCGUUGUAGGAACUCCAGGACGUCUGUGGCAUUUGAUUGAACAGGGACAACAACAUUUGUCAAACGUAAGCAAUUUGCAAUCAUUGGUAAUCGACGAAGCAGAUAGAAUGAUCCAAGAAGGACAUUACCAAGAGCUGUCUUUCUUAAUGGACAAGAUUAAUAUCAGCUCCGAAAAAAUGUUGUCAAAAUUACAGAAAUUUGUUUUUUCUGCCACGUUAACGUACUCGUCUACCUCCAAAAAGAACAACAAAGAUAACUUUGAUACGUUGUUAAAGAAGAUUGGUUUGCGAGAGAAAUCAAAAGUAAUCGACUUAACGCGAAAAGGUCUCACGGUUGAAAGUUUAACUGAGGCCAAACUCAUGUGUUCUGUUCAAGACAAGGACGUAUAUCUUUACUACUUUCUAAAGAAAUACCCGAAGCGGACUCUUGUGUUUGUCAAUACCAUCGAUACAUUAAGACGUCUUCUGUCAAUAUUGAACCUCCUCAAACUCGCCCCGCUCGCAUUGCAUGCUGGUAUACAACAGCGGCAAAGACUAAAGAAUCUUGACCGGUUCAAGUCACGUGCCGAUGGGUUGCUUUUGGCGUCAGAUGUCGCCGCGAGGGGCCUGGAUAUCAAAGGAGUGCAACACGUGAUUCAUUAUCAAAUACCAAAGAAUGCUGAGGUGUAUGUCCAUCGAAGCGGCCGGACAGCGAGAAUUCAAAACGAAGGUCUGAGCCUGUUACUAAUUGGUCCUGAUGACCUGCGGUCGUAUGAGAAAAUCUGGAAAGGCCUAAAGAAAGACAAUGAACCACCAGACUUUCCAGUCGACAUAGAAUAUUUGAACGAAAUCAGAAAACGGGUUUCAUUAGCGAGAACGAUUGAUAAGGAAGAACAUCAAUUCCGCAAAAAGAAAUGGAGCAACGAUUGGUUUUUGAACAACGCAAAAGAGGCCGAACUUGAAAUUGACGAAGAUUUAUUAGAGGAUUUGGGAGAUUCGCGGGAACAGCGAGUGAUGAAAGAGAGAUUGUCCGGCAAAAAAGCGGAGUUAAACGCACUGCUUGACAUACCCCUGGCUUCAUCAGGAUUUGUUGGCAAAUAUCCGACAAAAGAAGGAAAGUUACAAACAGCUGGAAUGCGAUAUGCCCAAAAUCUGAAAGAAAAUGGAGAGGUUGUACCCGGCCAUAAAGAUGUCAAAAAAGCCGCAGUGAAAAAAAGAAAAAACAAGAGAUAGCUCUCGACAAGUGGAGUAUUCAGCUGAUAUACAACUUUCAUGCUCAAAUGCCUGAACAAUAUGCUUCGCAGUUCGCCAAGUAACUUUUAAAAGAGAUUCGACACGGUAUAAAAACAGUGAGACUAUCCAAAUCAAUAGUGAUAUAUAUAAGUAUAUAUAAGUAUAUAUAAGUAUAUAUAAGUAUAUAUAAGUAUAUAUAAGUAUAUAUAAGUAUAUAUAAGUUACAACCAAUAUUCAUGCUCGGGAAAUUGGAGAAAUCGUAUUGGUUUUAUCUGAAAACCCAAACUGAAGCUCUGGACAUUCUUUAGCGUGUCAUAAUGGACCUUUUCGGUAAUUACGUCACAUCAUUAUCGCUUUAAAUUUAGAACCACUUUAAAUGAGAUGGAUUUCAAGUUU